CCGGUAUUUUCAGACUCUCCAAAGCCGCAGCUCAUGCUUUGCAGAGGCGUUGUACGAGUGUCAAGAGCACCAUGUAGACGAUAUUCGACACUCCGUCACGCUCGUCCAAUCCCGGUACUGUCCGACGCGACUCUGGAGACAUUCCGCCGUGAAGCCUUCGAGCCUGGGAAACCUGCGCUAUUUCCUCGCAAGCAUUUCGAGACCAUACCGGCUCUCCAGCGAUGGUUUGAGAAUGCAAAGCAUGGCCGGGUGGCCCUGGAUGUCGCCUACCUCUCCAAGUUCGGGGCAACUAUAGUUCCUCUUGAGAUCACGAACAAUGGCCAGUUCGUCCGAGUGGAACACUCACUGAGCUUUUUCCUAGACACCUCCACUGUCACGACUCCAACGGCACGGGUUUAUCUGGCACAGGCCUCACUCUCCGACUUCCCCAAAGCUCUCCGCGACGACGUACCGACGCCUGAGGUGGUGUUGCAAGCUGGCAAAGGAGACAUCUAUGGCUCUUCUCUAUGGAUAGGACAGGCUCCGACCUAUACACCGCUGCACAGAGAUCCCAAUCCGAAUGUGUUUGUGCAACUUGCUGGAAAGAAGAAGAUCAGGUGUUUCGCGCCGCAGGUGGGCUAUGCCAUCUUCGCCAAAGUUCAAGAGCAGAUUGGUGGGAGUGCCGUAGCAACGAUGCGAGGAGAAGAGAUGAUGCAGGGAGAAGAGAAGCAGGCAUUGGAGAACGAGGUCUGGCAAUCAGAAGGAAGUCAUAUGGAGCAUUGUUUCGAGGCCGAGGUCGAUAGCGGCGAUGGCAUUUACAUACCCAAGGGCUACUGGCACAGCGUCAAAGGCGAAGGGAAUGGCAUCGUCGGAUCGGUGAACUGGUGGUUCAGAUGAUCCGCCGCCCCCUCCACAGGCCAGUCUGAUCACUUGUUACUAAUUGCAUCACCGCCGGAAUCCUUGUGCUAGCUUGAGGGUAUGCACGACUUUGACCACGUUCCGGAGACCAUUGCCGCCACAUUGCCUACUCCGUUGUGGUGAUAUGCCCGGGGAUGCCGAUCGGAGUCUGCAUGAGAUCCUCAAACACGCACUCGCUCCUCAGCCGCGUACUUGAUGCCUCCAUGCAGCCCGUUCACCGACUGCGACGCGAGCCGACCCACCUACACAUGUAAGAAGGAUUGCCUUGGCUUGGCUGAUUCGACACUUUACCUCCGCGGCG